AUGCGAUUCUCGUCAAGGUGGCAGCGCUCUUAUGAGGUUGUUGGUGUCAAAGAAGUACAACCAACUUUUACCGAGCUUCCGACAGAAGAUAUUCAAGUAGUCCGUGCUAGCGAUCAUCUAGUAGUCUCUAAUUCUACAUACGAAAUUAAACGAAGCACUUCAUCCGACUGUCGUCACGCUCUGAUCGCCGCUCGGGCUCAGUAUAUGCGUGACAUUAGCCCCGCUAACGAGCUACUAUGUGAAGGCUGGAAAAUCGUAAUUAUGCGGAAAGCCGAUCGUACUAAAAUGAUAGUCUCCUACAUCGGUCAACCUGCAAUAGUCAGCUCAAAGCCUGCGGUUCGACUUCCCCCCUUCAUCGAGAUUCUCGAUAAUAUAUAA